GGAGCCAGUCCGGUAACGCGCAGUGCGCCUCUGCUCGCUCGGCCUGAGGUCGUGCUUUUGGUACGUGUCGGAAUAAACGGUUCCUGCAAUGUCUGAGAAGCAUGGUAAGCUCGUGCUGGACAAUUACAUCGGGGGGGAGUUUGUUCCGUGCGCCAAGCAUAUAGAUUCCUACGAUCCGUCCACUGGAGAAGUGUACUGCAAAGUGCCGGACAGCGGACCGGAAGAGGUGGCAGCAGCAGUGAACGCAGCCAAGGAGGCCUUUCCGGGGUGGGCAGCCACGAGCCCGGCAGAGCGCGCUCAGGUCCUCAACAACCUGGCUUCUUUGCUAGAGGCGCACCAGGAGGAGUUUGCCCAGGCCGAGUCUAAAGACCAGGGAAAGACAAUAUCCUUUGCCCGAAAUGUCGAUAUCCCACGUGCUGCGUAUAACUUCAGGUUCUUCGCCUCUUCUGUCCUGCACCACACCACAGAAUGCAGUCAGAUGGAUAACUUGGACUGUGUCAACUACACCGUCCGCUCCCCUGUAGGAGUCGCUGGUCUGAUCAGCCCAUGGAAUCUGCCCCUCUAUCUCCUCACCUGGAAGAUUGCCCCAGCUGUUGCCACGGGUAACACAGUGGUGGCUAAGCCAAGUGAGAUGACCUCAGUCACUGCUUGGAUGAUGUGCCAACUACUAGAGAAGGCUGGUUUCCCAGCUGGCGUUGUGAAUGUGGUGUUUGGUACAGGCCCACAGGCAGGUGAUGCGUUGGUGUCCCACCCUGAUGUGCCAUUAAUUUCAUUCACUGGCAGCACAGCUACAGCCAGAGCAAUAAUGGAGCGCAGCGCCCCCUACUGCAAGAAACUCUCACUGGAACUUGGUGGGAAAAACCCUGCCAUUGUAUUUGCUGAUGCUGACCUGGAGCAGUGCAUCAGCACCACCGUACGCUCCAGCUUCUCCAAUCAGGGUGAGAUCUGCCUAUGUACCAGCAGAAUCUUUGUGGAGCGCACCAUUUACCCACAAUUCCUAACAAAGUUUGUGGAGGCGGCUCGCCAGUGGAAAACCGGCGUGCCAUCUGAGGCUGCCAACAACAAUGGAGCACUCGUGAGCAUACAGCACUUGGAGAAGGUUAGAAGUUAUGUGGCAUUGGCGAGGGCAGAGGGUGCCCAGGUGCAUUGUGGGGAGGGUGUUGACAAACUAACCCUCCCCCCACAAAAUGUGGGUGGGUACUACAUGCUGCCCACUGUCAUCUCAGGGAUAACAGACUCCUCCCCCGUGAUGCAGGAGGAGAUUUUUGGUCCUGUCACCUGCGUGACGCCCUUCGACCUGGAAGAGGAAGUCAUAGGCCGGUCUAACGGCGUGCGCUAUGGCCUGGCGGCCACAGUGUGGUCACGGGAUGUGGGACGCGUGCAUCGCGUUGCUAGGCAACUACAGGCAGGCUUGGUUUGGACCAACUGUUGGCUGGUCCGAGAUUUAAACCUUCCCUUUGGAGGUAUGAAAUGCUCAGGCAUUGGCAGAGAAGGAGGGAGAGACUCCUAUCACUUCUUCACAGAGGUCAAAACUAUCACUAUUAAACACUGAGAAGCUGUGUACACUCACACAUACACAACUAUUACCAAAUAAAAAUAUCAACAGUAUGUA